CGUGCGCGCGGAGGGAGGGAGGAGCCGUGCGCGCUUCCGACACGCACUGUCUGUGAGAGAGAAGCGGCGUCCUCAAAACUUUUCCCUGACGGAUAAUUCAUGACAAAAAUCAGCGUAGUCGUGAAGGGAUUCCUGGAGACACGCCAUGUUCAAGGCCGUGCUGAAGAAGAGCAGAGAUGGCGGGAAAAACAAGAAGGAUGCAGGGGAGCCGUACCUGCUCAGUGCCCAGCGCAGGUGUCCCGGCGGUGGGAUGCAGGAUCCCGCUGGUGUCCAUCCGUUCCCACCCGCAGACGAAGGCCUCAGACUCGGCCUGGCUAAAGGGGUCUCCAUGUCCCUCCCAUCAUCCCCUCUCCUGCCCCGGCAGACAUAUGUGAUGGCGGCUCGCCCGUGCAAGAAGUCUCCAGGACCUGUUAGAAAGCCCAAGUAUGUGGAGAGUCCUCGCGUUCCUGGAGAUGCGAUCAUGUCGUCGCUGAGGAAGCUUCCUGACGGUGCGACUGGCCCCUCCCCCGCCACUCAGGAGUUGAUGACACGCUUGGGGUUCUUGCUGGGUGAAGGCAUCCCGGGCUCCACGCGCAUACCUAUGGAUGACAAGAAUGAAAAAAAGUGUCCAGUGAAUCAGGGAAUCAGUCCAUGUUCUACUCUGACCAGCAGCACGGCGUCUCCAUGUACGGACAGUCCCUGCUCCACCUUAAACAGUAACAGCGGCCGUCCUGUCUGUGGAACCAUCAUCAGCCCCAGCUCCACCCUCGAGAGCAAAGACAGCGGUAUCAUCGCCACCAUCACCAGCUCAUCAGAGAAUGACGACCGCAGCGGCUCCAGUCUGGAGUGGGGUAAAGAGGGCAGCAUAAGGAGCUGCGCUCAACAUGUGCGGCAAGACACGUGCUCUCCGGUGGCCGAGGAGGAAGCGUCAGCAUCCGGGACUGGGGUACGGAGCAUCUCUACUGCUAAGAAGACUUCAGGAGCCACAGGGUCUGAGGGACCCGUCCAGUAUCCCAUGCAGAACUCGUCCAGUCUGAUGAUGCCUCGGCCGAACUCAGUGGCAGCGACGAGCUCCACUAAGCUGGAGGAUCUGAGCUAUCUUGAUGAACAGCGGAACACCCCCCUGCGUACGUCCAUCCGCCUGCCCUGGCACAACACCGGGGGCAGAGCUCCACACGACAAAGCCCGCUUUGCUCCGUACAAGCCCACUGACAUCAUGCUCAAGCCGCUGCUGUUUGAGGUUCCCAGCAUCACCACUGACUCUGUGUUCGUGGGCCGUGAUUGGCUGUUCCAGCAGCUGGAGAACGACCUGAGACCCAGCGAAUCGGGCGAGAGCUCCGGGUCCGUCAUCGUGGGCAAUGUGGGCUUCGGCAAAACCGCCAUCAUCUCCCGCCUGGUGGCGCUCAGUUGCCAUGGCGGCCGCAUGAGACAGAUCGCGUCCAACAGCCCGAGCGCAUCUCCGAAAAGUGGGGAGCCAAGUUCAGAUCUGCCCCUGAGUCAGCCGCCUCAGCCGACCCCUCCACCCAGCACCACCAACACCCUGCGAUCCAGCAGCUGUCCCAGCACACCUGAGCUGCAGCGGCGCCGCGAGGAGGCCGUCAAGCGCCUGGCUGCCAAGGUGGUGGCGUAUCAUUACUGUCAGGCUGAUAACACGUACACGUGUCUGGUUCCUGAGUUUGUGCACAGCGUGGCUGCUCUCCUGUGCCGAGCGCAUCAGCUGACUGCAUACAGAGAGCUGCUGCUGAAAGAGCCACACCUGCAGAGCAUGCUCAGUCUGCGCUCCUGCGUGCAGGACCCCAUGGCUGCCUUCCGCAGGGGCAUCCUCCAGCCGCUUGUCAACCUGCGCAAAGAGAGGAAGAUUCCAGAGGAAGAUUGCAUCAUCUUGAUUGAUGGGCUGAACGAGGCGGAGUUUCACAAACCAGACUAUGGGGACACCGUCGCCUCCUUCAUCACCAAGAUCAUCUCCAAGUUCCCUAACUGGCUCAAACUGAUCGUCACUGUGAGAACAAGCCUUCUGGAGAUCACCAGUCUGCUGCCCUUCUCCAAGAUCAGCCUGGACGAAUUCCCAGACAACAAGGAGAUCGGGACGGACCUGAACGCCUACAUCCAGCACCGCAUCAACGGCAGCCAGAACAUCCUCAACAACAUCUCCCUCAACGGCAAAGCCGACCCCAUCAUCGUGGGCAGAGUCAGCUCCCACCUCAUCUCCCGCAGCCAGGGCUCGUACCUGUACCUCAAACUGACCCUUGACCUCUUUGAGAAGGGUCAUCUGGUCAUCAAAAGCGCAAGCUACAAGGUGGUGCCCGUCUCUCUGUCGGAGCUCUACCUGCUGCAGUGCAACAUGAAGUUCAUGACCAACUCUGCGUUCGAGCGCGCCGUGCCCGUUCUCAACGUGGCGCUGGCGUCCCUUCACCCCAUGACGGAUGAGCAGCUGUUUCAGGCGCUGAACGCGGGCAGCGAGCGGGGAGAGCUGCUGUGGGACGACUUCCAGCAGAGGAUGGAGACGCUCUCGUGUUUCCUCAUCAAACGCAGGGAUAAGACACGGAUGUUCUGCCACCCGUCCUUCAGAGAGUGGCUGGUGUGGCGAGGAGAUGGAGAGAACUCCGACUUCCUGUGUGACACCAAGAGUGGACAUGCACUGAUGGCCUUCAUGUUGUCAAGGCAGGAGGGAAAGUUAAACAGGCAGCAGACGAUGGAGUUGGGACACCACAUCCUGAAAGCACACAUCUUCAAGGGUCUGAGUAAGAAGACCGGUGUGUCGUCCAGUGUUCUUCAGGCUUUAUGGAUCAGCUGUAGCACUGAUGGUCUUUCUGCUGCUUUGGUCUCUCUUAGGAACCUCUACACACCCAAUGUCAAGGUGAGCCGUCUGCUGAUGCUCGGUGGAGCGAAUGUAAACUACCGUACGGAGGUGUUGAACAACGCCCCGGUCCUCUGCGUCCAGGCUCACCUGGGCCAUCAGGAAACGGUCAGCCUUCUGCUGGAGUUUGGAGCAAACGUGGAUGUGGUUUCAGAGAACAGCAUGAGUGCUUUGUGUUACUCAGCGGCCGCUGGGCAUCUGGAGCUGGUCAGCCUUCUCUGUAAGAGAGGAGCCAAGGUGGAUCACGUGGACAAGAGCGGCCAGUGUGCGCUGGUGCAUGCGGCCCUGCGGGGUCAUUCAGAGGUCAUCGAGUGUCUGCUGGAGCUGAGCUGGAGCAGUGAGGGUCAACAGGACCUGAGCCUGAAGAACAAAGCCCUGCAGCAGGGGCUCAUCGCGGCCUGCAGUAUGGGACACAUUCAUGUGCUGGAAGGCUUGUUGACGUUGAAUAAUGAACUGGCGGUGCAGAUUGAUGCCCAUGACACACUGUGGGGCGAAACAGCUCUGACUGCGGCCGCAGGACGGGGGAAGAUGGAGGUGUGCAGCUUCCUGUUGGAGCGGGGGGUGAAGGUUCAGCAGGUGAACAGGAGAGGAGCAUGUGCCCUGUUCUGCGCAGUCCGACAGGGACACUGGCAGAUUGCAGAUCUGCUGCUGCAGCAUGGGGCGGAUGUGAAUGUAAGCGACAAACAGGGCCGAACGCUGCUGAUGGUGGCCGCAUGUGAGGGGCAUCUCAGCACGGCCGACUUCCUGUUGUCUAAAGGUGGCUCUUUAGAGUCGGUGGAUAAGGAAGGGUUAACUCCGCUCAGCUGGGCGUGUUUAAAAGGACACAAGAACGUUGUUCAGUUUUUGGUGGAGAAGGGUGCAGUUAUCGACCACUCGGACAAGAAUGGACGCACUCCGCUGGACCUGGCUGCUUUCUACGGAGACGCAGACAUCGUUCAUUAUCUGGUUGAGAAAGGGGCCGUGAUCGAGCAUGUGGACUACAGUGGCAUGAAGCCGCUCGAUCGCGCCAUCGGCUGCAGAAACACCUCAGUGGUGCUGACCUUACUGAAGAAAGGAGCCAAACUAGGCUACAGAACGUCACCUUAUGAUCGAACAGGUAACGCAGCCUGGGCGAUGGCGACCUCCAAACCCGACAUCCUCAUCAUCCUCCUGCAGAAGCUCAUGGAGGAAGGCAACCUGCUGUAUAAGAGGGGGAAGAUGAAGGAAGCAGCUCAGCGGUAUCAGUACGCAUUGAGGAAGUUUCCCAGAGAGGGAUUCGGUGAUGAACUCAAGGCCUUUAAGGAGCUGCGUGUGUCUUUGUACCUCAGUCUCUCCCGCUGCCGCCGGAAAACCAACGACUUUGGAUUGGCGGAGGAGUUUGCAACCAAGGCUUUGGAGCUCAAACCCAAAUCGUACGAGGCGUACUACGCUAGAGCCAGAGCCAAACGCAGCAGCAGACAGUUCACCGCAGCGUUAGCCGACCUGCACGAGGCCUCGAAGCUCUGCCCCAACAACCGUGAGAUCUGCCGUCUGCUGGCCCGCGUCGAGGAGGAGUGCAAACACCAGAGCCUGAGCAACCCGGAGCAUGCCGAUCCAGAGCAGGACGACAGGACGGAGCGCGUCGAUGACGAGGAGGAGGAGGAGGAUGACGACUCUGAGGCCUGGUCUCAAAACAUCUACUCGCUAAACCGGACUUCAAACGGCCGCUCGGUUUCGCCGCCUCACAGGCAAAGCCUCCGACAUCAGCACCAGAAGAGCCUCGUCCUGCAGCCCAGCAAACAGGCGCAGAUCGUCAAAACCAGCCAGCAUCUGGGAUCCUUACGGGCGGGAUCCGCACGACCGACAAACACAAAGAGCCAAUCGCAAUAUGCUCCGUCCAGCCCGAUUCCCAGCCGGCACAUAUCCAGCGUGCUAAAGGCCGGACCGGGCAUCGACAUCAGCCCGUUACUGCCCGCAAACAACGAUGCAGACAUCCAAGUGCACUCGUCCAAAACUCAGUCUCUAGAAGGGACGCUUCUUUCCGCGACUUCUGGAGCUCAAAGUCAAGAGCUGCGAAAAGACGCCAGCAUGAGGGUCUCCAGCUCCACCAGCAGCCUGGCGUCCAGCAGCAGUUUAUCAGACAGCGGGAAAGUGCAAGGCCCAGACGUGCGCACCAAAACCGCAUCGGACAAGCCUAAGAUCAGCCAGACCGGCUCUGUGGAGUACAAACCCCGUCCGUUCAUGGGAAUCAUGGACAAAACGGCUCGAUUUCAGCAGCAGCAGCCGGUGGCUUCUCGAGGUUGGCAGAGUCACUCCACUGAAAGACUCGUCGCUUCUGCGGGUCUGACGGGUGAGAUCGUGUACGGCAAACCGUCUGGAGCUUAUUACGAGCCGCUCAAAGGUCCCGCCAUGGGCGGCCUGCACAACGGGAGUCUGCAUGCUAAAGAGUUCUGCCAUAAAGAAAGCAAACCGGUUCUGGCUAUGGCACAUUCAUUCAUGGACAGUAUGAGCAAACAGCCCGGCUUAACUCGUGAAAACCCCACCAUUCAUGUAGCGGCAAUGAAACCAAAGAGAUCCUUUAUAGAGUCGAAUGUUUAGGACGUUUAUAUGCAACAACCCUAGAAAACACACUUCAGAUGAAGGCAUCUGAUCUGAGGACGAUUCCAGCCCCUGUAUACACAUACACGUACACACAUACAUAUACACACUAC